AUGGCUUCGGACGACAAGUAUGACGCGCAAGGCUGGUCUGCCAAACUUUAUAGUCAAUCUGCUGCAUUUGUCUACUCCCCUGCAUACACGGCUCCGGUCCUAGACCUCUUACAAGCGCAGCCUGGCGAAAAAAUCAUCGAUUUCGGUUGUGGCAGCGGCCAAGUCACGUUCGAGAUCGAGCAAAUCGUGAAACAGGCCCCGGGUGGCUUUGUUGUCGGUGUGGAUUCCAGUGAGAGCAUGAUCGCUAAAUGCAAGGAGGCUGAAAUGGAGCACGCUUUUGUGUCCGACAUCCAGAGGCUUGAUAUUCCCAUGAACAGAUUCAAUAAUGGGGAAGAGAAUUUCAAGUUCGAUGCUGUGUUCAGCAAUGCGACGCUGCAUUGGUGCAAACGCGACCCUGCUGGUGUUCUCGAAAGCGUGAAGACGGUUCUAAAGCCACGUGGUAGACUACUGGUCGAGAUGGGCGGGAUGCACAAUUGUAUCGGUAUUCGCAGUCACCUUCAUCGCUCUUUACAAGCUCGCCGCUACGACCCUGUUGCGCUUGACCCCUGGUUCUUCCCAUCGGUCGAAGAGUACUCCAAGCUCCUGACAACCGCAGGUUUUGUUAUUAAAACCAUUACUCUUGUUCCCCGUGUCACUCCACUAUCUGAUGGUGUCCGUGGCUGGCUCGAAGUGUUUGCUCGAACCUCGAUUUUGAAGCAAUGUUCUGAGCAAGAAGCGAAUGAGAUCAUUGACGAAGUGGUCGAUGCGAUGAAGGUGGAUUGUUUAGACAACGAAGGCAACUGGUCCAUGAUGUACACCAGGUUGAGUUCAGAGUUUGUCAUUCUGCUGGACGUGGUCAGAAUCAAAUCGAAUCAACUCACGUGUCUCGGCUCUGUGUCCGGCAUGUUUUUAACUCGCGUUGCUCGAGCUCGACCACUUAUUUCUCGUUCAGCCAGCACUUACUACAGACCCAAAAUGGGCAAAAAGUCGAAAACCAUCCCAGAGACUCUCUUCAAACUCACCCACCCUGCCGUCUCCCCUACUUCCCCCAUUGUCGAUACCCAUACACAUCUCGCGUCGACCUUCGAAGCAUAUCGGCACAAAUAUCCAGACGGGAAAUAUGCCGACGUGUUUGACUUUGUGAGGGGACUCUACUCUCCCGGAGGUGUCCAAGAAAUCAUCGAUGUUUGGUGUGAGGCGCCAGUUCGCCCGAUAUGGCGGGAAUUCGCAGACGCCGCCCUGACAGAGCAAGAUCGGCAAGAGAAAUGGGGCGGGAUGGGGUACUGGUUCGUCAUGGGCGUACAUCCCCAUGAGGCGAAGCACUAUAAUGAUGCUGUCGAGGCCGAUAUACUAGAGGCCAUGAAGCAUCCGAGAUGCGUGGGCUGGGGGGAAAUGGGCCUCGAUUAUCACUACGACAAUUCCCCGCGUGAAAUCCAACAAGAAGUAUUUGCACGACAACUCCGACAGGCCGUUCGACUAAACAAGCCUCUGACUAUUCACACACGCGAAGCAGACGAAGAUACGGAGCGAAUAUUGAAGGAAGAGGUGCCUAAAGAGCACAAGAUCCACAUCCACUGCUUCACCGACUCGCCUGCAUUCGCACAACGACUUCUAGACUGGUUCCCCAACUUAUACAUCGGAGUCACAGGCGUUAUCACCUUUGCGACCAACGCCGAUACCUCGACCACCGUUCGCAACAUGUUCUCUUCAGAAGCACCUCAACCGUCAAAUAUAGAAUCUAGACUCCGUAUCCUACUAGAAACAGACGCACCGUAUAUGGUACCCGCGCCGAUAUAUACCUCACCAGCAUUCACCUCGCCUGAAGCCAAGGGGAAGCGACUUGCAUUCUGUCAUUCGGCAAUGGUGCCUUGGACAGCGAGUUUCGUGGCAGAUCUCCUUCCAAAGGAAGAAUCGGAAGCUUGGGACACUUCACGUGUGCUGAGCGUUGCACGUAGCAAUGCCAAGGCUGUUUAUGGUGUAUGA